AUGGUUGCAGAGAGAGAAUAUAAGAAUUUUUGGGAGAUAACAGAGAGGGAAAGAGAGGGUCAAAGAAAGUUACUUGGCAUGAUGGAUAAAGAUAGAGCACCAGCUUUGUUAACAAGUUGGAUAAGGAAAGGACAACAUAUGUGUACGAUGAGUUCAAAAAUCAAGCUAGAUGUCGAAAUCUUGAAUAUUUCUGAUGAUGGGACUUUUUGGGAAAUGGAAGCAUUGAUGUUGAUAAGUCACCAAAAUGAUUAUGAAUGA